CCUUUCUUCUUCUCUAUUCAGGAAAGUGUGGUAUUUGAAAUUUUAGGUAUUUAGAAUUUCUGAAAAAUUUCACACCAUGGAUCAAGAAGAGCUGCAGUAUGAUGAAAAUGCUGAUGUGUCUGAAGAAACCUUCAAUGAUACAGACCAGAACAUUGAGUCUGAGCUGGAAGCCAUCAAAGCUCGUGUGCGGGAGAUGGAAGAUGAAGCUGAGAAGAUCAGACAGAUCCAAACCGAGGCUGACAAACAAAUGAGCAACUUCUCACCUCCAGGCGCUACUUCUCCUUCAGCAUCCAACCCACUUACCAUAGAGGAGAAGAUGGAAGUGGAUGCUCGUAGCAUCUAUGUUGGAAAUGUGGAUUAUGGCGCAACUGCUGAGGAGAUGGAACAGCAUUUCCAUGGCUGUGGGGCUGUCAACAGAGUCACAAUCCUCUGUAACAAGUUUGAUGGGCAUCCUAAGGGCUUUGCUUAUAUUGAAUUUAAUGACAAGGAUUCCAUCCAGAUGGCAAUGGCUCUUGACGAGUCUCUGUUCCGAGGAAGACAGCUUAAGGUGAUGCCCAAGCGCACAAACAAGCCUGGUAUUUCGUCGACCAAUCGCUUCCCUCGUGGGUCCCGACCUCGAGGACGUGCUAGAUCAGGAUUUUACGGCGGAGGAGGCUACAGACCCAUCAGGAGACCGAGAGGCCGGCGAUACCACUACUCACCCUACUAACUCGUACUGGAAAUCCAGAGACAGAACUGAGGCACUGGCAGUGAGGUCAGGGGCUGGGAAUGCGCUGGUCGCUGCUGUCAGCUCCACGUCUGCUGAUCAGGUAGUGUAUGGUUCAUGGGGACUCUCAGCACACUUACUAGCGUUUAUUUCCUCCCAUUCAGUCAAUGAGAAUAGCAAUUGUCGAACUCGUUAUAGUAUUUAUUUCAUCUCAUAGCCUCGCCAUUUUACUAAUUUGAAACUCGUUUGCAACCAAUCUUCAAUUCGAACAAAAACGAAAAGACGAAAAAAGCUUCAUACUUAAGUUCAUUGCUAUUUAGAAAGGUACAGCUCAUCUGUUGAUAAGGUAACUAGCAAAGGAACUAUGUUGUAUGCUGAGAGUCCCCACCUGAAAAGAGCCAUCACUAUCGGCCACCAAGCUUAGGAUUAAGUAAUCAACAUUAAGAAGUAACUUAAUAACGGACUUACAACUUAUUCUCGUUUGUGCAUUGAUGAUCAAAACAAUGCUGUAUAAGUUUAGCAUCAUCUGCUUAUAGAAGUAGGAGCUUUUUUCUAAUAUUUUCCCUUCACAGGUUAUAAAGCUUGUGCAAGGCAGUAAAAAAAUUGACAACCGAUCUCUGUAAACUGCCUAGCCAGCUACAAAAGACUGCUUUUUGCAGCAUUUUUUCGACGCUAAAUAGAUUAACACAACAAAUUGUUUGGGAAAUAAAAAAUUG